AUGUCAUUGUCUCGAACACAAAAAAUGCUGGAACUAGCAAAAGUAGUUUUUGAAGAAGGUAAUUAUAAAAAUGGUGUCAACGAAACUGAGGCUGACAAGGAACCAUCUGGCAAUGAGGCUAACUCCGAAUUAGAGAAAAAUGAGGAGAAUGUGGAACCAACAUUAAAAAAAAGAUCUUUCAAUAACAAAGAAAAGGAAGAUAGAUGGGACCAACUUAAAAACAAGAAGGAGAGGGAGCAAGAUUUAAAAUACAAAGGCAAAAAGAAAAGGGGGUCAGAGUGGGACUACAGCGAAGAAAAACCAGCUAGAUUUAUUUUAGCACCCUGUAGCAGCAAACUUGGACAAAAGACCACGAAACUUAAAUGUCAAAUAUUAAGUGAAGAAAUGAGGCAACGGCUUUAUAAUAAGUUUCGGUCAAAAAUGUCUUGGAAAGAAAAGGAAUUGGUCAAAGUAGAAGGUGUUAAAAGGAGGCGAGGAAGACAAGAAGGCCCAUCAUGA